GUUAAGACCAAUAUCAGCCCAUUACAGAUUGGCCUUUUUAAGAAAAGUGGGCUUUUGAAUAAAAUUUGAGAAUUAAGCUCGACCCACACAAAUUAGCGGCAUAUGUGACAUUUUUCCAAAAAAAAAAAACGACCGUCUUGAGCUGAUAUAAGAGCGAAAAAAAAGGAAGAAAGGAGAAGAGAAGGGACAAAGCAAUGGGGCAGUCAUCAUCCGCCGACCGGCCGUCGCCGGAGCAACUGGAAGCGGAAUCUCUAGCUGCGUCCACCGGAGCACUUCCGACGCUCCAAAAAUCAUUUUCUAUCCUCUCCGAUCCCCAAACGAAAACCGUCCCCGUCGGUUCGCUCCAGAAAUGUUUCCUGUUUACCAUCGAGAACUCUGAGAACGAAGGAACGUGUGUGCCUAAGGAAUUUCCCGUUUUGCUGAGUCAUCUGAGCUCUUCUAUAGUUGACCUGUUCUUCUUGUCUGAAAAGGGAGGCGGAGUGAGCUGGGUUGAGUUCUUGAAUGGCUAUUCUAGGUGUUGUGGGAGGACAAUUGGUUCCACGUCAAUUAAUAAUUUGCUUAGGGUUUUUUCUUUGAUGAGUUCGAAAGCAGGUCUUCCUGGAAAACUGCAAUUUGUUCCCGGUGAAGAUGAAUGCAAAGCCAAUGGGUAUCUAUUGCCAGUUGAUGUAUUGAUGCUUCUUUGGAUGUGUUGGGUUAUGUGGUGGGAUUGUAAGAAGCUGAAAUCUACUGAAUCUUUGGGGUUUCCCGGGCUACCAGAUGUUACUCAUUUGGUAUUGUCAUCUAUUGAAUCAUGUGUCGAAGAUGGAAGCACUAAAUUGGACUUAUGGGAGUGUUCAAUUUCUGAAACCAAUGUUCAGCUUCCUGCUGCUAAGAUCACUAUGUGGGCCUUAAAGACAUUUCCAUACCUCGCAGAUUGUCUUUCACAAUUUCUUCAAAUUAGACUGUUUUACUUGGCAACCCACGAGGACAAAUCAGAGCAGGGAUUGCCUUUUGUGAUUGAUAUUUUCCCAAAGGAGAAUCCUGUUAGUAACCUCCUUACUAGUGGAAGGGCCUGGGCAAUCUCACUUACUUUGAGGGACACUAUGAGGGAUGAAAUUUCAAAAGCAUGCUUUUCAAGUAGCGCAGAUGAGAUAAACGAAAUCAUCCUCUAUCGGUCAUCAAUCCAUGGGAAAGGUCUAAACAGAUUUUGGUCAAAAACUGAAGGCUAUAACGGUCCAUUGCUGAUUUUGGUUGCUGCUUAUGAGCCUAAAAAUGCCACAAGGAAAUGGAUUAUUGGUGCCCUCAUUCAUCAGGGUUUAGAGAACAAGGAUUCGUUUUACGGAACAUCUGGUAGUUUAUAUGCUAUCAGUCCAGUGUUUCAUGUUUUGUUGCCUUCAGGGAAGGAGAAAAAUUUUGUUUAUAGCCACUUGCAUCCGACUGUUAGGAUGUAUGAAGCUCAUCCAAAGCCCGUUGGAAUUGCUUUUGGGGGAUCUCCUGGCAGUGAGAGAAUAUUUAUUGAUGAGGAUUUCACUGUAAUCACUCUACGCCAUCACGCCUGUGACAAAACCUAUCAGAAUGGUCCCCUUUUCCCUGGACAGGGAUUCUUGCCACUUGAAGCUUCAAUAGUAGAUGUUGAGGCAUGGGGAUUGGGAGGGGAAAAACCCAAAGAAAUGCAAACAGCUUAUAAGAAAAGGGAGGAAAUAUUUACUCAGCAAAGGAGGAAGGUUGACUUGAAAACAUUUGGAAGUUGGGAAGACUCCCCCGAGAAGAUGAUGAUGGACAUGGUCACUGAUCCCAAUGCAAUCCGCCGUGAAGAUCGAUAAUCGGUGGCUGCCCCUCACGUUUCAUAUCAAUUAACGUUGUACCUAGUACCUAGUACAAUGGUGUGCAUAAAUAAAUCCUCAUAAAAUAACAAGUGUUUUCAAUUCGACGUGUAAUCUUGCCCUUCAUCAAUCAAAGCUCCAAACUGAACUAGCUAGAAUAAAGAAAGAAUACCCUUUGUA